CGCCUUCUCUUCGUCUACUUCUCGAGGAAAUCACGAGGAAAUAGGAAAAAUCGCGCGCCACCGAUCCGCCGAGGAAACGAGACGACACGGCCGACGAGAAUUGGACACCGUUGGGUUGCCGGAAGCGCGAUAAAGACCUACUACAGCUUUGUCUAACCGGGAGUGGGAGGGAGAAGAAGGAAGAGAGAGAGAGAGAGAGAGAGACGACAAGUACACGGUAUACACGCAACUCUCUCUUACGUGUUACGCGCGGUCAGUGCGAGAGGCUGCGACGUGCCGCGAGCAUGCGUCUGCGACGGACGGCCCUUAAGGCGGAUACGCACCACGCCGACUCGUCGUCGCCCUUGUCCUCGUCGUCGUCGUCGUCGUCGUCGUCGUGGUCGUCGUCGUUGUCCGUAUUCGUGAAUGCUCGCUUUUCACCAUCGCUGCAGAACGAAUGCACGCGCUGAUACUGUCCGUGGGGGCAAAGAAUGGACGAACAGGUUCGUAGCCGCGCGCAUGUCACCGAUCGAGUCGAAACAGGCCUCGAUUUUUCGAUCGAUCCGUCGCGCUUGCAUUAACCGCGUAUCGCGAACGAACCAUGCGGAUCGCGAUCGAGAUCGCUCGUUCCUCGCUCUUUUUAAAACAUCAUUUUGGAAACCCACGGCCAUAAUUCCUUCGUUUAUCAUCUCGCAUCAUGUCGGUAAACAUUGGACGGACGGUGACUCAAUUUCUCGCACCUGUGUUUAACAACACGAGCCGUUCAAAGAAAUCCUCGCUUUAUGUGUUGAUCACCAGGCGAAGUGCGCGAAUUCUGGGAAAAAAAUUUCGAUGAUAUAUUUACUGCGCAACAAAAUUUUCGAUGACUUAUCCGUGGAAUACGUUGGAAUUCGCACGCCCAAAGUCGAGCGAAACGGUUUGUUUUGUUUUCGGUCGGCUCGAUAUCGUUUCUGUUUUCGUACAUAUUCGAAGGGCGCGCGGUGUGGAAAUUUGCCAGUCGAACCGUAGCAGUGACGCAAUACACUACUGGCUCGUGGGAAGAAUAUCUCGUUGAUCGGGCAGUGAUUAUUUGAAGUUUUGUGACACUGUGUGUGUGUGUGUGUUUUUUCCACAUCGGUCAGUGGACGCGUGGACCGAUCCGAACGUAUCGAACGGAUAGAAUAUUCCGUUCGAGUGUUUCUCAAACUGCGUUCGAGCAAUUUGUCAAGAUUUUUUGGAUCCACGAGGUUAAUCGAACCGGCAAGCUGGACGCGGAGGUCGGAGGCGGCGGAAGCCGCAGGGGUAUAAGCCCUCCAACGCACCUUGGCAACAUAAACCCGGAUCAUCCGGGUCUACGGGGUACACCGUUGGCGAUGCUCGCAGCCCAGUGCAACAAAUUGAGCAGCAAGAGCCCGCCACCGUUGGCGGACGCGGCAGUGGGCAAAGGGUUCCACCCGUGGAAGAAGAGCCCGCAGAGCAGCGGCAGCUCGCCCCAACACUCCGCCGGGAGCGGAGGAGGAGGAGGAGGAGGAGGUGGAGGUGGAGGAGGAGGGGGUGGUGGAGGAGGAGGAGGAGGAGGAGGAGGAGGAUGCACGACGACGGGAGUGAGUCAGAGACCGGCGGCUACGAGCAGCGCCGGAAGCACGAGCGGUGGCUACGCGAGAGCGCCGGUCACGUCGUGCGCGUCGACCGCGCCCCAAUACGGCGGCGACCUGUACUUCCCGGGGACGGCGAGCGCCCAACCGGCCGGCGAUCCUCACCAUCAUCAGAGCAGCCUGCUCGGUAAGGUGGAGGGAGCUACGUUGGGCUCGGUUUACGGCCGGCACCCGUACGAGUCGUGGCCGUUCAACGCGAUGCCCGGCGCGACUCACGGCGGGAUUAAAGCGAGCGACGGUUGGUGGGACGUGCACGGGGCCGCGACAGCCGGCGGGUGGCUCGACGUCGGCGGAACGGUCGGCGUCGGUGUCCACGCCGCCCAAAUGGCCAACUACUCGGCCGACUACUCGACCAGCCUUGCCCUGGCCGGCAAUCAUUUGCUGACCACCGCGACCACCGCCGGCCACAAUCUCCUCCAAGACACGUACAAAUCGAUGUUGCCGGGGGGGCCGCCCGGAUUCGGCCUCCACCAUCACGCGGCCGCGACGGCGAGCGCGAGCGCCGGUGCCGGUAGCCCCCAGGGGAGCGGCGGUGGCGUGGGCGUGGGGGCGGGCGGCGUUAGCCAGGCGCCCUCGCCCCGCUCCCAAAGACGGUACACAGGGCGCGCGACCUGCGACUGUCCAAAUUGUCAAGAGGCCGAGAGGCUCGGCCCGGCCGGCGUGCAUCUGAGGAAGAAGAACAUCCACAGCUGCCACAUACCCGGCUGCGGUAAGGUCUACGGGAAAACGUCGCAUCUGAAGGCCCACUUACGGUGGCACACUGCGGCACCUUCGAACCCACACCGGCGAAAAGAGAUUCGCCUGCCCGGUCUGCAACAAGCGGUUCAUGCGCAGCGACCAUCUCGCGAAGCACGUCAAGACCCACAGCAGCAGCAGCAGCAGCAGCGGCAGCAAGGGCAAGGGGGGAGCGGGGAGCUCGUCGGCCGAGUCCUGCUCCGACAGCGAGGACAACGGGAGUCAGCAGAGUCCCACUUCCAGCUCGGUUCCGCCGCAGCCGCAGCCGCCGCCGCCGCCGCCGCAGCAGCAGCAGCAGCAACAGCAGCCAACAGCUCAGCAGCAACAACAACAGGGCCAACAACCGGCUCAACAGGCCCAGCAGCAGCAGCAGCAGCAGCAGCAACAGCAGCAGGCUCUGGUGGCAGCGGCGGCGGCGGCGGCGGCGGCGGCAGCGGCAGCGGCGGUGGCGGCGGGCCAGGACACCACCAACAACACCACGUCCCAGACCACCACCACCACCACCCCCCUCGGCCAUCAGCCGACAACCCCCAUGACCCCAAUACAGAUGACCCCGCCACCUCUGACCCCACACCAUCCCCACCACCCCCAUCUCCCCCCGCUAAUGCACCAUCCGCAUCAUCACGCAACCUCCGUCCCGGCGGCGGCCCACCACCCGCACGCGGGGAUGAGCAUGCACUGAGCCCGGUGGGGCCCGGAGCCGGCUGCGCUUCCUCUGCCGCCGCAACGGCCCUGGGCUCCCCCCUAUCCUACCCCCUCAACCUGAACCUGAACCUCCAGAACCACCAUCACCAGGCCAUCAACCAGGCUCACCCCUCCACCACUUCCCACCACCAACACCAUCAGCAGCAGCAGCAACAACACCACCACCACCAUCACCACCAUCACCAUCACCAACACCAACACCAACACCAUCAACACCAGCACCACUCGCGUCAGACCAAUUCCUAUCCCGUGCAACAGAAUCCUGGCACGCCGGGGACCGCGCAGACUCCCUCACCCUCGUCCCCCGCGCCUGUACAUAGUCUCUAGGUUGACGCGUCGCGUCUCGUCUCGUCUCGUCCACCUUCUCUCUCUCUCUCUCUCUCUCUCUCUCUUUUCUUUUCUUUCGCGGCAGCGAUUCCUCUUUCCCCCACUCUGUCCCAUCGAAUCGAAUCGAAUCGAAUCGAAUCGAGUGCGAAUCUCGCACGCAAAUUUUCGACUUUCGACCGAUCACAAUUCUCUCCUCGUCGAGCGAGACUGUAACACCGUACAGUCGAUCCACUCUCUUUCUCUAUCUCUUUCUCUUUCUCUCGUUCUCCGCUUCCUCCCUCUCUCCCUCCCUCUCCCGCCUCCUCUCUCGGAAAGAUUCGAGCCUACGUCCCACGCACUCGAAUCCACUUACCGUCGAUUACUUGUAAAUACUUAUACAUAGCGCGUGAGAAAAAGAUAUUAUUAUUAAUAUUAAUAUUAUUAUUAUUAUUAUUAUUAUUAUUAUUAAUAUUAUUAUUAUUAUUAUUAUUAUUAUUAUUAUUAUUAUUAUUGCAUUAAUUAUGCGGUUUAAUUUGUUAAGCGGUGUAAAGAAGAAGAAGAAGAAGAAGAAAAAAAAAAUGAAAUUAGAUAUACAAACGCACUGUCGCGCCUGUACCAUACACCGAUAACACUUAAGUAGUUGUGUUACAUAUACACACAUACACACACAUACACACACACAUACAUAAUACGUAUUACACAAUACGCAAUGCAUACAACACGCGCGAGAAAAAAAGAAAAGAGAAGAGAAGAGAAGAGAAGUGAAGAGAAGAGAGGAGAGGAGAGGAGAGGAGUGGAGAGGAGAAGAGAAGAGAAGAUCGAUGAAAAACGAACGAGACGCGGGCGUCGUAGG